AUGGCUGAGAAGGGCGACUGCAUCGCCAGCGUCUACGGGUAUGACCUUGGCGGGCGCUUCGUUGACUUCCAACCCCUGGGUUUCGGCGUCAACGGGCUGGUGCUGUCAGCCGUGGACAGCAGGGCCCGCCGGAAGGUGGCCGUGAAGAAGAUCACCCUGAGCGACACCCGCAGCAUGAAGCAUGCACUCCGGGAGAUCAAGAUCAUCCGCCGCCUGGACCACGACAACAUCGUGAAGGUGUAUGAGGUGUUGGGGUCCAAGGGUGCCGACCUGCAGGGCGAGCUGUUCAAGUCCAGCGUGGCCUACAUCGUCCAGGAGUACAUGGAAACCGACCUGGCACGCCUGCUGGAGCAGGGCACGCUGACGGAGGAGCAUGCCAAGCUCUUCAUGUACCAGCUGCUCCGAGGGCUCAAGUACAUCCACUCCGCCAACGUGCUGCACAGGGACCUGAAGCCCGCCAACAUCUUCAUCAGCACGGAGGACCUCGUGCUCAAGAUUGGGGAUUUCGGGUUGGCGAGGAUUGUUGAUCAGCACUAUUCACACAAGGGUUACCUGUCAGAAGGGUUGGUAACGAAAUGGUACCGCUCACCGCGCCUGCUCCUCUGCCCUAACAACUACACCAAAGCCAUUGACAUGUGGGCCGCUGGCUGCAUCCUGGCAGAGAUGCUCACGGGGAGGAUGCUCUUUGCUGGGGCUCACGAGCUGGAGCAGAUGCAGCUCAUCCUGGAGACCAUCCCUGUGAUCCGGGAGGAGGACAAGGACGAGCUGCUCAAGGUGAUGCCUUCCUUCGUCAGCAGCACCUGGGAGGUGAAGAGGCCACUGCGCAAGCUACUCCCUGAAGUGAACAGCGAAGCCAUCGACUUUCUGGAGAAGAUCCUGACCUUUAACCCCAUGGAUCGCCUGACUGCCGAGAUGGGGCUGCAGCAUCCCUACAUGAGCCCGUACUCUUGCCCCGAGGACGAGCCCACCUCGCAGCACCCCUUCCGCAUAGAGGAUGAGAUUGACGACAUCCUGCUGAUGGCCGCCAACCAGAGCCAGCUCUCCAACUGGGACAGGUACCCUGUGAGCCUGUCGUCGGACCUGGAGUGGCGGCCCGACAGGUACCAGGACGCAAGCGAGGUGCAGCUCGACCCGCGCGCGGGCUCGGCACCGCUGGCGGAGGACGUGCAGGUGGACCCGCGCAAGGACUCGCAGAGCAGCUCGGAGCGCUUCCUGGAGCAGUCGCACUCGUCCAUGGAGCGCGCCUUCGAGGCCGACUACGGGCGCUCCUGCGACUACAAGGUGGGGUCGCCGUCCUACCUGGACAAGCUGCUGUGGCGCGACAACAAGCCGCACCACUACUCGGAGCCCAAGCUCAUCCUGGACCUGUCGCACUGGAAGCAGGCGGCCGGGGCUCCCCCCACCGCCGCGGUGGCCGCGGUGGCCGCGGGAGCGGCGGACGCGGGGGCGCGCGACGAAGAGCCGGCCAGCCUCUUCCUGGAGAUCGCGCAGUGGGUCCAGAGCACGCAGGGCGGCCCCGAGCGCGCCAGCCCGCCCCGCGACGGCCCCGAGCGCCGCCUGUCGGCCUCCCCACCCAGCCGUCGGGCCCCCAUCGACGGGGGCGCCAGCCCCCAGUUCGACCUGGACGUGUUCAUCUCCCGCGCCCUGAAGCUCUGCACCAAGCCCGAGGACCUGCCGGACAAUAAACUGGGCGACCUCAACGGCGCGUGCAUCGCCGAGCACCCUGGCGAUCUCGUGCAGACUGAGGCCUUCUCCAAAGAAAGGUGGUGA